AUGAACAGCACAUCUUCCACCGCUCAGUCGGUGAACAUUCUUGAGUUUCCGCUGAUCCCGCAACCGCAGAAUUUGGUUCUCAAACAGGACAUCAAUAAGCAGAGAGAUCCCACCGACGUGGUGAUGAUGCGAUCAUAUGUUGCAUACGCAACGGCCGUGUUCAACCCUCAGCCAGAGGUGCAUGACAUGCUCAUCAUAGAUGCCAGGAGAUGA